AUGAACGUCCUGGGGAACCGACUCGCCGGUCAAGUGGCCGUGAUCACUGGAGCUGCUGGCGGCAUUGGCCGCAAGGCUGCGAUUCUGUUUGCCAAACAGGGCGCAAAGGGCGUCGUGUGCGCUGACGUGAACGCGGACGCGGCGGCUGAGACUGUGGACCUGGUCCACGAGGAGCUCAAGAAACUGGGCAAGAGCAACCGAGUGGCCGUUGCCGUCAGGACCGACGUGUCCAAUGCUCCAGACGUCGAGAAGAUGGUGAGCGUGGCCGAGAAGGAGUUCGGGGCCCUCCACGUGCUCUUCAACAAUGCUGGUAUCAUGCACAGUGCUGACGACGACGCUGUCGCCACCCAAGAGGAGGUAUGGGACCUCACGAUGAACGUGAACGUAAAGGGCGUUUUCCUUGGCUGCAAGUACGGCAUCCCUGCCCUGCGUCGCGCAGGUGGUGGCUCCAUUAUCAACACGGCCUCCUUCGUGGGAAUCCUUGGGGCAGCUACGCCUCAGCUUGCCUAUACGUCCAGCAAGGGUGCGGUGAUUGCCAUGUCUCGUGAAUUGGCGACACUCCAUGCUCGCGAGAACAUUCGCGUGAAUGCGCUCUGCCCUGGUCCGCUGAACACGGAGUUGCUGCAGAAGUUUCUGGACACUGAAGAGAAGAAGAAGCGCCGUCUCGUGCACGUACCCAUGGGUCGAUUUGGAGAGGCAGCGGAAAUGGCCAAAGCCGCAUUGUUCCUUGCGAGUGACGAUGCGUCGUACAUUACUGGAACGUCCUUUGUUGUUGAUGGAGGCAUUUCGUCAGCCUAUGUGACGAGCGAGGUACGCGUCGACCCGUUCGGAGGCCCCAGCGAGGUGUGA